UCGGUCCUAUUGGCUCGGCUCGGUAGAGCCGCCCCCGGUUGCAUCAGCUUCGGCGGCCGGGCCGCGCCUGCGCGGCGUCGUUGCCAGCCUUUCCCACCCACCCCUUCCACGCGGCGGCCAUGGCUGGCGCUGACGGGCAGGUAAAUGCUGGGGAAGAAAAAAAGGCCGACUGCGGGAAGAAGAAAAUGAAAGAAGCAUGUGGUGAUGAAGGGCGUGCAGAGCUAAAUCCUUGGCCUGCAUUUAUCAAUGAGCGCUUAGAGAUGUACAAUAAACUUAAAGCUGAGCACGAUGCACUUCUUGCAGAGCGAGCUGCUAAUGAUAGUAAACCCAUUAAAGUUACAUUACCUGAUGGCAAGCUGGUUGAUGCUGAGUCCUGGAGGACUACACCUUAUCAAAUUGCUUGUGGAAUUAGUCAGGGCUUAGCUGACAACACUAUUAUUGCUAAAGUGAAUAAGAUGGUUUGGGAUUUAGACCGUCCUUUAGAGGAGGAUUGCACCUUGGAGCUGCUCAAGUUUGAGGAUGAAGAGGCUCAAGCAGUAUACUGGCACUCAAGUGCACACAUUAUGGGCGAAGCUAUGGAGCGAAUUUAUGGUGGAUGUUUGUGCUAUGGACCACCAAUAGAAAAUGGAUUUUAUUACGACAUGUUCCUUGAGGAUGGAGGUGUAUCAAGUAAUGACUUCUCUGCUUUGGAAACGCUGUGCAAAAAGAUCAUGAAGGAAAAGCAACCCUUUGAAAGACUGGAAGUUAAGAAGGAAACACUACUUGAAAUGUUUAAGUAUAACAAAUUCAAGUGUCGCAUCCUGAAUGAGAAGGUCAAUACCCCAACUACAACAGUAUACAGAUGUGGUCCCUUGAUAGAUUUAUGCAGAGGACCUCACGUUAGGCAUACUGGCAAGAUAAAGAGCAUAAAAAUUCAUAAGAAUUCAUCUACUUACUGGGAAGGCAAGGCUGAUAUGGAAUCUCUCCAGCGAAUCUAUGGAAUUUCAUUCCCAGAUGCAAAAAUGUUGAAGGAAUGGGAAAAAUUCCAGGAGGAGGCUAAAAACAGAGAUCACAGAAAAAUUGGACGGGAUCAAGAACUCUUUUUCUUUCAUGAGCUCAGCCCUGGUAGCUGUUUUUUCUUACCAAAAGGAGCUUACAUAUAUAAUACCUUAAUUGAAUUCAUCCGGAGUGAGUAUCGAAAACGUGGAUUCCAAGAGGUUGUCACUCCAAAUAUUUUCAACAGUAAACUAUGGAUGACUUCAGGGCAUUGGCAGCAUUACAGUGAAAACAUGUUUUCCUUUGAAGUGGAGAAAGAAGUAUUUGCUCUGAAGCCUAUGAACUGUCCAGGACACUGCCUUAUGUUUGAUCAUCGUCCAAGAUCAUGGCGUGAGCUGCCAUUACGAUUGGCUGAUUUUGGUGUUCUGCAUCGAAAUGAACUGUCAGGAGCUCUUACAGGACUCACUAGAGUACGUCGGUUCCAGCAGGAUGAUGCUCACAUAUUCUGUUCCGUGGAACAGAUAGAAGAGGAGAUAAAGAGUUGUCUACAGUUCUUGCGUGCUGUUUAUGACGUCUUUGGAUUUUCCUUUAAACUGAAUCUCUCUACUCGUCCUGAAAAGUAUCUGGGAGAUAUUGAGGUGUGGAAUCGAGCUGAGAAGCAACUGGAAAACAGCCUUAAUGACUUUGGUGAGAAGUGGGAGUUGAACCCUGGUGAUGGAGCUUUCUAUGGACCUAAGAUUGACAUUCAGAUUAAAGAUGCCAUUGGACGCUACCACCAGUGUGCUACAAUCCAGCUGGACUUUCAACUGUCAAUUAGAUUUAACCUCACUUUUGUCAGCCACGACGGUAAUGACAAGACAAGACCCGUUAUCAUUCACCGUGCUAUCCUGGGCUCUGUGGAGAGAAUGAUUGCCAUUUUAACUGAAAACUAUGGAGGCAAAUGGCCACUCUGGCUGUCUCCACAGCAGGUAAUGGUAGUGCCAGUGGGACCAACAUGUGAUGAAUAUGCCCAAAAGGUGAGACAGCAGUUCCAUGAUGCUGGGUUAAUGGUGGAUAUUGAUGUAGAUCCUGGGUGCACCCUGAACAAGAAGAUCAGAAAUGCUCAGCUUGCACAGUAUAACUUUAUUCUGGUUGUUGGUGAAAAGGAAAAGGCAAGUGGAACAGUUAACAUCCGUACCAGAGAUAACAAGGUGCAUGGUGAGCGUACAAUUGCUGAUACUGUGAAGAGACUGCUGGAACUGAAAUGUUCUCGUUCCAAACUAGCUGAAGAAGAAUUUUAACGCCACCUGUUCCACCUGACGUAAAAUGAUUCUAGAUUUCCUAACUCAGUUAACCGCAGAGUUAUUUGUACAAGAUUUGCAGAAGUGUUCUGUCAGAAAUGCCUCUUUUUGUAAAAAUCAGUUUCUCACAAACCUUGAAGUAAAAUUUCAUGGCCUCUAAACAAUGACAGAUGAAGCAAGAUGAAAUGACUUUCUGUGACUGCAAAGGAAAAUGGAAACAUUAAUGGGGGAUAUUUACUGUGUUCUAGUGACUUAAAAAUAAAAUAUGUUUUGAUAACAA